AUGGAUUCAAGAUUAUAUUCAGGAAUUUUGAAAAAUUUUGAAAAUUUAUUAUCAUCAAAGAAGAAUUAUGAUGUUAUUAUUCAGGCUGGUGAAGGACUUAACCAAAGAGAACUUUUUGCUCAUUCUACUGUACUUCGUUGUCAGUCAAAUUAUUUUGAUACAGCUUUUUCUUCUAGUUGGGCUGAGAAAAGGAAUGGAAAAUUUUUUUUUAAGAAACCAAAUAUUUCUCCAUAUAUUCUUGAAGCUAUUCUCAGAUAUUUAUAUUGUGGAAGUAUAGAAUUGAACACAAUGUCUGGGACAUAUAUUUUAAAUUUAUUGGUUGCUACAGAUGAAUUGGAUUUACAUUCACUUGGUGAAUAUGUUCAGGACUUUUUUAUAAAGUUUCAAUACAAAUUCUUAAAGAAUGACCCUAUUGCAAUACUUGAAAUUAUUUUUCAACAUGAAACUUUUACAAAAUUAAAAGACUAUUUUUUAGAAAUAAUCUGUCAAGAAUCAGACAUUUUAUUUGGAACCGAUAAAAUUUCAGCUUUACCGGCACAGAUAUUAGAAACAUUACUUUUACGAGAUGACCUUGCAUUAGAUGAAAUUGAAGUAUGGAAUAAUUUGAUUACAUGGACUCAUGCACAACAACCUACCGUUAAAGAAGAUCCUCACAAAUGGACUAACGAGGAAUUAACAUUAAUGGCAAAAACAUUAUCUAGAUUUAUUCCGUUAAUUAGAUUUCAUGAUAUUAGUUCAAAGGAAUUUUAUAACAAGGUGUUACCUUAUCAGUAUUUAUUGCCAGAAAGAUUGAGACUAGAAAUUUUGCGAUUUUAUUUGGUUGGUGAUUUAAGACAAAUAGGUUCAUUACCAUCAAGAAUCUUGUGCAAUGCUAAUGAACUUGAUUCCAAUAUUAUUAAUGCAAAAUAUCUGGCAUUAUUUGCACGUUGGAUGGAUAAAAAAGACAAAGUCUUAAAAAGAAUGUCCCAAAAUUUUAAUCUUAUUUUACGAGGUAGCAGGGAUGGGUUUGAUGCUGAUACUUUUCAUUUAAAAUGUGAUAAUAAAGGACCAACAAUCGUGGUCGCUAAAAUUAAAGAAACGCAUAAAAUAGUUGGAGGGUAUAAUCCACUUGAUUGGGAAGGACUCUCUCUUAAAAGUACACCAGAUAGUUUUAUAUUUUUAUUUGAAAGUUGUGAUGAUGUUAAUGCAGGUAAGAUUGGUAGAGUGAUUAAAACGUCAAAUGCUAUUGUUUGUGAUCCUUCGUGGGGACCUCUCUUCGGUAAUUACGAUAAUGGUAGCAAUGAUUUAACUAUGAAUGCAUAUGGGAAGUGGACUUCUGCUACGAAUGCUUAUCCAAAUAUCAAUAUUCCAAGAAAAUUUGAAGUUGAUGACUAUGAAGUUUAUCAAGUAGUUUAUCAAGUAGAUAAUUAA